AUAUAACGGGGAGGAAACGCGCAGCUUGUUUUGUUGAAUUGAGUUCGUUGUUACUGAAACACGAUGUGGAAGAUUGUUCUCCUCGCUCUCGCGGCGGUUAUCGCCGUCGGAUCAGGGUCAGAGUUAGUCGGGGGGUUUCAAGACGUAGACUACAACACUGACGAAGGCGCGAAGAAUGCCCUCACCUUCUCCGUCGUCCAACACAACAGAGCCACCAACGACCUGUACCUCAGCCAGGUGGCAGAAGUGAUCAAGGUUCAGAGACAGGUGGUUGCUGGCAUGAAGUAUGUCAUAACUGUGAAAAUGGCGAAGACCCCCUGCAGAAAGGGCAGUGCAAAUGAAGUGUGCGCCAUCCACCAAAACCCAGAAUUGGCUCGGCCAUACCAGUGCACAUUCACAGUGUGGAGCAGACCAUGGUUGAAUGACAUCCAGUUGACGAAGCAGGAGUGCUAGAAAGAGAACUGCGUGGGAAAUCUCGAGUGUUGGCAUUGUUUGCAAAAUAACCUUCAUUCAGAUUAAUAUGUACUUCCCUGUAGUCGAACCACAAAAGUAUUAACGUCCCUUUUCUGCCUAUGCCACAUUGCGGUAUGCUAGAUUGAAUAUCCUUUGACAGUCACUGUGUUUUAAAAUAACCUUUACAGUUAAAAAUGUAAAGGUUCAUUUACUUUUAGAGGAGUAACUUUCUAAUGCGUAAGUGCUAAGCCAAGCAAAUAACUAAUAAUUGUGACUUAACUGUUCUUUUUAAAAAACACAGCUUUUUAAAAUGAAAUGAAAAUUAAAGCAGCACGUGAAUUUAAA